GACAGACCACCGGAGGACUUUCUGCAGAUACGAUGAAGCCUCUGUGGAGCCUGCUGUACUGCGCCUCACUGCUGCUGUCAGAUGCUCAGGCCACAUACCACCUCAGUGCGGGGGACCCUCAGCUCAUAGCCGCACAGAGCUACGCACAGACCAGGAACAAUGGCCGACCCCCAAUCAGGACCCUGAAUCCAGCAAUUCACAGAAGUGAUUACACGUAUAGAGGAGGGUAUCACUACCACUACCAGCCACCAAGGAUCCCUCCACCGGUAGUGUAUCGACCUUUUCCUCUAUCUCCUCCAGUGACUUACCACAGACCCUCAGUCCCCAUGCCGCCCUAUCACCACAGAUUCAAAGGGCCAGUGGCACCACACAUGCACCACAUAUACAAAGGUCUGUCUCCACCAGUAGCUCACCACCCCCACCAAAGGCUCAAAGGCCCCCUCCCUUACAAAAUGAAAGGUCCAUGCCCAACAAAGUCAGACCCAACAGUACCAACAACACCCGUGGUACACCUCCCUACCCUUCCACCUCUACCAGAGCCAACAGUGCAGCCAACUCGGCCAGCGGCUACGGUGGCGCCGGUGACAACCGUCAUGCCAGUGGUGGUGACCACUGUGGCGCCAGUGGAGACCACCGCUCCCGUGACGCUACCGGUCAGUACCCAAAGCGGCUUCAUCACCACCGUCAGUGCUGUGGAGACAGAGACAGACUCUCAGUGCAGGAGCCGUCCCCUGGACCUGGUCUUCAUCAUUGACAGCUCUCGCAGCGUGCGUCCUGGUGAGUUUGAGAAGGUGAAAAUAUUCUUGGCUGACAUGGUCGACACGUUGGAUGUGGGCACGGACGCCACCAGAGUGGCUGUGGUCAACUACGCCAGCACGGUCAAGAUCGAGUUUCUGCUCAAAGACCACUUCAACAAACCCGACUUGAAGAAAGCUAUCACCCGCAUCGAGCCCUUGGCGGCUGGCACCAUGACCGGCCUCGCCAUCAAGACCGCAGUGAACGAGGCCUUCACCGAGCAGUCUGGAUCCAGGCCUCGCUCCAGGAAAAUCUCCAAGGUGGCCAUCAUCGUGACAGACGGGAGACCUCAGGACCAGGUGGAGGAAGUGUCUGCUGCAGCUCGGGCCUCAGGAAUCGAGAUCUAUGCUGUCGGCGUGGACCGCGCCGAUAUGCGCUCCCUGCAGCAGAUGGCCAGCAUCCCUCUGGAUGACCAUGUCUUCUAUGUGGAGACCUACGGCGUUAUUGAGAAGCUCACCUCCAAGUUCAGGGAGACCCUGUGCGGUCUGGACCCCUGUGCCAUGGGACAUGACUGCGAACACAUAUGUGUCAACACCAAUGCCUCCUAUUACUGCAAGUGCCGGAAUGGUUAUAUCUUGAAUGCGGACGAGAAAACAUGUUCCCUGAAACAAGAGGUGAAGGUGGAGGUGGUGCAGGCGGAUCCCUGUAAAUGUGAAGCCAGACUGGUUUUCCAGAAGCAGACGCAGGCCGCCAUUCAGCAGCUGACAGCCAAGCUAGCCGACGUGUCUGGGAGAAUAGAGCGUCUGGAGAACAUGGUGGGCCGUGUUUAAAGCUGGACACAGACGUAGCGACGACCAGCUGGUUUCCUGUCAUCCACCCACCCAUAACUACUGUAUGGAUUUCAACCGCACAUCGAGGGAAGCUGUGAUUCAUAAACCGAUGUCCUUCCAGUUACUGACCGCUCUGGACCGCUGUGUAACAAUAUAGUUGAUCUGGGAUUUUUAUAAAUAUUAAAUGUAAUGUUUUGAAACUGCUGUAAAAGUUUUUGUCUAAACACUUAUAUGAACAUAGUGGGAUGUAGAAUAACCAAAGAAAAGAAGUAUUAUUUUUCUCCUGUUCUGUAUUAUGUAUGUUUUAUGUCCUGUUUGUACAAAGUUACAUAUUGUAUAUAGUCAUUUUUAUGAAAAUGUUGAAUUGGAUUUACUUAAAUUGACUUUAUCAACAAUUAAAAUGUUUCCUAAAUUACAUAUUUUAUGCAUAUAUUCUUUAUUAUGGCUGUUAAAAUAGUAACUAUCAAAAGUUUUAUUGUUACAAGUGUAUUAUGUGAAUGAUAAAUGUUUCAUCCUCUGUGUCUGUGAAUGUUAUACGAUGACAUAAAAGAAUCAUAAAUGUUACCAAGCAGACAAAAUAAACAAUAAAAUAACAACAAAGGA